GUACGUGAUGUCUGGCUGCGACUCGACUCGACAGUUGCCCGCCGAUCUCUGAACGGUUCACUGCGCUGACAGGCCUCGCCUCGCCUCGCCUUGGAGUUGAACAUUUCUUGGGUGCAUUCGAAGAGCGUUUAGUUUGUGAGUCUGAGUCUAGGAGUCCGUCGCGUCCGCGCGUGUGUAGAGUGUCCGCCUCUGCCUGUUUGUGUGCGUCUUUGAGGGGCGAACGACGAUGGAACGGCCUGCCCUGCUGCAGAACGGAGAGCACGGCGCUGUGGGAAGCCUGGAGACGACGAAGACGACCACCAGGCUGGUGCCCAAGCCCUUCUCCAUCGAAAGUCUGAUUGCCAACCAAACACCUGCCACCGCUUCGGUAUCAUCCGUAUCCGUAUCCGCCUCGCCGCCGUCCCCGCCGGAGGAGCACGAGCCGGAGCAUGAGCAGGAGCUGAAUGCCCGGGCCAUGGUCGCCAGCUCGGCCCUUGGCCUCACCCAGUUCCCGCUCUACAAUCCCUGGCUUCAUGGCUACUUUGCCCAGAACCACGAGAGAUUAACGCAUUUAAUUGCCGGCGGCGGAUGCUACCUGGGAUCGCCCAUUGGCAAUCCCUUUGCCGGCAAGGAGCCAUCGCAUCCUCACCCACCACCUCCACCUCCACCACCACCACCACCGCCACCGCCACAUGCCUUGGACAAGCAGUCGCCGCUGCCCCACCCGAUGGACACACGCUUCCUGCCCUUCGCUGCCGCCGCCGCUGCUGCUCCAACGGAUCUCAGCUAUCGCCGCCUGGCGGAGCUCAUGAACCAGGAUUACGUCCACAAUCUCAGUGUCAACGCUCGCCUGCAGCACAUGGCCGUCGCGGGUCGCCUGCAGGAGGAUCACCUAAGCCACAGCCUGCUGCAUCAGCAGGAGCCGAUGCCUCUGCCUCUGCAGGCCAAUCCAUUCUCGCCAGCAAAGUCCGCCAGCCACAGCCCGGUGGAGCCCACCCUGGAUGUGGGCAUGGACGAGGACUACGAGUGCAGCGGCGACUCCAGCAGCGACAUCAGCCUCACCCUAUCCCCGAUGCCAAGGAACUACAACAGAGAACUGGACAAGAGUCGCAGUGGAGCCUAUACCAAUUCGGAUAGUGAAGACUGCAGCGAUGACGAGGGUGCAAGUUCGCACCACGAUGCCAGCGGGCUGGGCGGUAAGGACUCGCAAGGCAACGGCAGUGGCUCCGGCAGCUCCAAGUCGCGACGACGGCGUACCGCCUUCACGUCGGAGCAGCUGCUCGAACUGGAGCGGGAGUUCCACGCCAAGAAGUAUCUCAGCCUCACGGAAAGGAGUCAAAUAGCCACAAGUCUGAAACUGAGCGAAGUUCAGGUGAAAAUCUGGUUUCAAAAUCGUCGCGCCAAAUGGAAACGGGUAAAGGCCGGACUCACAUCGCACGGCCUGGGCAGGAAUGGCAGUGCGAGCGGCACCAAGAUAGUGGUGCCCAUACCAGUGCACGUGAACCGCUUUGCGGUGCGCUCGCAGCACCAGCAGCUGGAAAAAAUGUGCCUCAGCGGACCCAAGCCGGAUCUGCGCAAGAAACUAUCGACGGAAGUGAUGAGCGGCUUCGAAAAGUUCAAUGGCGGCGGCAUGGGCAUGGGCGUCGGCUCCGCCCCCAGCUCCAACCCAACUGCCCCGGGGGCCGGAAGUGGGGGGAUGGGGCUGGCAUUGGGCAUUGGUGUGACGACGCCCCUAUCCCUGGGCCGCAGUAUCUACUGAUCGGGUUCUGGGUUCUAGGAUGUACAUACACAUAAGAAGAAAGGAAGGAAGGAAGGAAGGAAGGAAGAAGAAAGGAUGUUCAGU